UCAUAUCUCACCCUGAGGUCAGACGACAGAUAUAAACGUGUAAGAAAACACAGAGUUGAGAUGUGAUGUGUGGGAGACGACAGAGCGUGUCACCUGCCAUACAGCAGCUCCUCACCACUUCCUGUUCCACUUACAGACAACACCAGAAGAAGAAGAAGACGAGCGUGUGGUUCAGUCAACUGAAAAUGGAGCUCCAGACAUGGACGUGUGUUCUCCUGCUGCUACUUGCCGCCGCUGUACCUCCGGCAGAGGCGACAACGCUAGCCGACCCUCAGCUGUGCUACAUCCUGGACGGUUUCCUGGGUCUGUACGGACUUAUCAUCACCGGCAUGUUCAUCAAGGAGAAGUUCUUCAGGAGCAAAACGAAGCUGACCGAGGAGAGCAUCUACAGCGAUCUGCAGAAUCAGGACUCUGAAGGUUACCACCCGCUGAUGAGAGAUCCAGAGAGAGCCAGAAACCGCAGGCCAACGGAGGAGGACCCGUACUCUCGUCUCAACAAAACCUUCGACGGAGAAUACAAAGAACUUCCUGCCAACAAACGAGAGCGUCAGAGGAAGAACGAGCAGGUGUACCAAGGUCUGAGCUCCGUCACCAGAGACACCUAUGACUCUCUGCAGAUGCAGCAGCUUCCUCCUCGCUAACGCAUCACUUCCUGUCAGCCUCACCAUUGUCUCACCAUCACCAUGACGAUAAACAGUUUGUAUGUACCCAGACAAGAUCCAAAAACAAGCAAACAAACAAAUAGCUUCAGCUUCAUCCUCAUAUAAGGAUGUUUUUAAGGUGUUUUUAAGGGAAGACAUAAGGAGGGUAACAUUUUAAGGUAUUAUUUUGGAUUAGUUUAUGAACUCUCUUUAAUUGGUUUACUUUUCCAUCCGAUUUACUCCCAAAAAAAGUCCCUUAAUUUUCACCUUUAAAAAAAAAGGAAUGUCCUUUCAAGGGAUGUGUACUUCUCUAAAAAAAAAAACCUUUACCUCUGUGGAGUGCCAUUAAAACACUUAACAAUUCAUUUAUCCAUAAAUUCAGACUUAACCUGCAGUGAAUUAUUAAAUACUGAAUGAAAACCCCUUAACCUUAGCAGAAUACCUUAAAAAUCCAUUCACAGUUAACCAGGGCCCUAUUUCAGAAAGCAGGCUCAACAAACUCUAAGCCUGAUCUCUGAGUUGACUGAUCCUGAACUGAGAAACAGAACAGCUGAUCCGCAUCAGCUCCAUCAGCUGUGAGUAUGUUCAGCCUGAGAACGACGAGCACCAACAGACAUCAUCAGUAGAGUGCAGAUAACAUGAUAUCCAGUGGCUGAAAGCAGAAAGCCGCUUGAACUGAGUGGGAGAUUUUAAUGAGUGCGAAUGGCUGCAGCUGAACAGCGUGAGGUGUGAUGGGAACAGACUGCAGAGUUAAUAGGUAAUGUGAAGUGAUGUCAUGUGAUGAGGUCAUGUGUCUAACAUACAGAAACAUGUUUCCAUCUUAACAGUGUUCAUAUAUUUGAAUAUAAGUUAUUCAGCUGUCAUGUGAUGGAGCCCAGACACACUGGGCACAAACUCAACAUCAAACACACAGCUAUCAAACAGACUGGUAAAAGUUUUGUUUCCACUGACUUCACUCUGUCAAUAUUAGGCUGAGGUUCAUUUAACUGCUGUGAAAUGACUUCAUGUAAUCUCCUUUAUUCUCACAUGGAGCUAUUAUGGGAUGUUGAGUCCCAUCAGUGAGCCAGUUACACCGCGGAGUCUCUGAAUAUAUGAAAAGUAUUCAUGAAUCACUGCAUCAUGUAUCCACGUAGAUUCAUUUCUCAUCAACACUGACAAACCUGCAGUUCUUUUUUUAAACAUUAUUUUUUGGGCUUUUGUUGGCUUUAAUGUCCGGACAGCAUAACGUUAUGGGGAGAGAGGGAACGACAUGUAGCACAGGACAGCAGGCUGGGUUUGAACCCACAGCCGCUGCGUCUGAUCACGGGGCGUCCGCUCCAUCCACUGAGCCACCGAUGCUCCGUGGUAAUUACUUUAAUAAUGGACUGUGAUUUAUGUCCAGGGAAAACCACAACAAGGGUCCAAAGUCUUUUCAGAGCCAGAGACACUUUUCUUACGGGCCGACAAACCGCUGUCUCUCUGAUGUGUUCAGUGUCUCUGAUGUUAUAAAGAAAAGAAUCAAAGGACAAUGCAUAAAAUGUGCUGUGAUGAUAAUGUAAAUCCAGGAUGUGUAAUAUGUGAUAUAUGUGGGUGGAACAGAUUGUUAGAUAAAUGACAGAGUGUGAGGUCAAACAGUAUCUUUCAUAUAGACACUCCUCCAGGGAGACAUCCAAACAGGCUCUAAUCACCUUCUCCUUACCCUCCUCCUCUCCCUCCACCACUUCAUUCACUAAAGGACACGCCAUGUUUCUACUUCCUGCUACACGCUCAGCCUCAGGCUGACAUGAAGCAAACCUGUGACUCAGCAGGUUAGCUUCACAGAGUAUGUUGCCAUAGUAACUGACUCAGGGUUACACUGAGCUGGCUUUGUGAAACGGAAAACUCAGAGUUUCAUUUCAGGCUGAACAAACUCAGAGUUUUCACUGAUCCUGCUUUAUGAAAUAGGGCCCUGCAGAUAAGUAUUAAAUACUGAAUAAAAAUCCCUUAACAUUGGCAUAAUAGCUGAAAAAGUAAAUUCCCAUUUAACCUGCAGUAAAGUAUUAACCACUGAAGGAAAACCCCCUUAACCUAUACAGAAUACCUUAAAAAGUAAAUUCCCAUUUAACCUACAGUAAAGUAUUAAAUAUUGAAUUAAAAAAUCCCUUAAAAUGUUAUUAAAGUUAAAUUGUGUCCUGUUUUCAGCUGUAAGGCAUUUUAUUAAUUUUAGAUGAGGACUGGACUAAUAAGAUAAGUGGAAAUAAUAAUAAAUGUUAAGGGGUUGUUAGAGAUGAUUCUUUAAAUGAUCCUUUAUGGAUCUUUAAAGUGAUCAAUCGAACUGUUUUAACAUCUAACAAAGGAUUCUUUUUGCUGUGGUCUGUUCACUAUGUCUUAAAAGCAUUUUACGUUACCAACAGAGUCCAUUGACAAACAACAGAGUUUAUUGAUAAAUAACAGAGUUUAUAGGCAAACAACAGAGUUUAUUGGUAAACAACAGUUUAUUGACAAACAACAAAGUUUAUUGAUAAACAACAGAGUUUAUUGAUAAAUAACAGAGUUUGUGGGUAAACAACAGUUUAUUGAUAAACAACAGAGUUUAUUGGCAAACAACAAAGUUUAUUGAUAAACAACAGAGUUUAUAGGCAAACAACAGAGUUUAUUGGUAAACAAAAGAGUUUAUUGACAAACAACAAAGUUUACUGAUAAACAACAAAGUUUAUUGAUAAACAACAGAGUUUAUUGGCAAACAACAAAGUUUACUGAUAAACAACAAAGUUUAUUGAUAAACAACAGAGUUUAUAGGCAAACAACAGAGUUUAUUGGUAAACAAAAGAGUUUAUUGACAAACAACAAAGUUUACUGAUAAACAACAAAGUUUAUUGAUAAACAACAGAGUUUAUUGGCAAACAACAAAGUUUACUGAUAAACAACAAAGUUUACUGAUAAACAACAAAGUUUAUUGGCAAACAACAAAGUUUAUUGAUAAACAACAGAGUUUAUUGGCAAACAACAAAGUUUACUGAUAAACAACAAAGUUUAUUGGCAAACAACAGAGUUUAUUGGUAAACAACAGAGUUUAUUGGCAAACAACAAAGUUUAUUGGUAAACAACAGUUUAUUGGCAAACAACAAAGUUUAUUGAUAAACAACAAAGUUUAUUGGCAAACAACAGAGUUUAUUGGUAAACACCAGAGUUUGUUGGUAAACAUAAGAGUUUAUUGGCAAACAAAAGAGUUUAUGGGUAAACAACAAAGUUUAUUGAUAAACAACAGAGUUUAUUGGUAAACAACAGAGUUUAUUGGUAAAUAACAAACAGUAAGUGUAUAAAACUGAUGAGAGUAUAAAAACAUAAAUAAAAAGUAAGCUUAAUAUUGUAUAUUGAUACUUUUGAUACUUUAAUCUGCGGCACACACACACACACACACACACACACACGUUGUUGUUCACAUACGGAGACGUGAAGUAAACAGACUCAACAGCUUUUAGUUUUUUUUAUCUUAUCUUUAAACUUGUCUUUCUUUGUUUCUUUAGUUUGAUAAAAAUCUGGAGCGACUUUGAUGUUAAAAUAAUAAAUACAGAUAAAAUAUAAACUGUAAGAAAAGACAAAGAUUCUACUUCCUGCUACUUCUCACGAUAAAAUCAUUUCACCAGAGCUCAUUUUAAUUUGAUCACAGCAGAAAAGGGAAUUAAACAGAUCAAAUAAAAAAAAGAGCUGGAAUAAAUUCAUUUAAAAUCAAUAAAGUUUUAAUUAAUUAGUUAUAAAAUAAUGAUGUCACAGUAUAUUUCUUCUGUAUUUAUGAACUUUACUCUGAAAUGUUGCAGCUUUGAGAUUUGACUGUAAAAUUAAAAAUAACGCAGCCUGAAGUUUAUUUUUAUCCUCUAAAAAUAAUUUCACUCUUUUUAUUAUGUAGCUUUGAGUUUUUAUUUUUGUUCUGAAGAAUAUUUGCUUUGAAUGAUUGCAGCAGCUGUUGAUAAAAUCUGAAUUAAUACCGAAAUAUUCAGUUGUUGUUUUUGUUGUUCUGAUAUUUUCCUGAGAAUUUUGUCCUGAGUGAACUUUUAGCUUCAUGUUUGUGCUGUAAAAGCUUUUUUCUGAUUUUAAAAUGUCUCAAUAAAUAUAUUAAAGCAGA